AUCCGUCGUGACGUCAUUGACAAGGGACUUCGCUGAUGUUUUGUUGUCUUUGUCCGGUUAGCCGGUGUCUCAGUUACACUUGAAUUUAUUAACCUUUAAUAUCAGGACACGCCGUUAGCUCAUACUGAGGAGUUUUUUUUAUGUAUCGACACCCGAGUGUAAAAUAUGCCAGUCCACCAACAACCCCGAACAGUGACCCCAUGUUUGUCCGGCCCCUGAGUGCAGUGGGCUCUGCUCCAGCUGCUGCUGCUGCUGCUGCUGUUUGGAGACAGUGGUACUGGAGAAAUACAUUUCCACUCCUCAUCACCAGACACCCCUUCACUUCCCCCAGACCCUCCUGCCCCUUCACCUGGACUGAACUGCCCAGCACUGGUCCCCCAAGACACCUCCAUCUCUCAGCUGGCCUGAUGAAGCACCCAGAUUCAGAGCCUCCUGUUAAAAGGAGAAAGAGUUUGGAGUGUGAGCGCUCAGGUGAAGGUGUGCAGCGCAGUCCUAAACGCUCAUCUUCACGAGAGAGAAGAGAGUCCGGUCCUGCAUGGCUGCACAACCUUCCUGAAGUUCCUCCAGGGGAAAGAGCUCCAAGUCUGAUUAAAACAGAGUUGAAGAGGCGGUGGGAGGACCUUACCGAGAGCCGCGUAAGCAAAAGUGUUGGCCCCUUUGAUUUCUCCGUGAUGUCCUACAAUAUUCUCUCUCAAGAACUUCUUCUCAGCAAUCCUUACCUUUAUAAACACUGUCACCCUCGUGUGCUGGAGUGGCAUCAUCGCUUCCCUAAACUCAUACAGGAGCUGGAGCAGCACGCGGCGGAUAUAAUGUGUCUUCAGGAGGUUCAAGAGGAUCAUUAUCAGAAGCAGAUCAAACCCAGUCUAGAACAUUUAGGCUAUCACUGCGAGUACAAACGGCGAACUGGCCGUAAGCUGGACGGCUGCAUGGUGGCUUUCAAGAAGUCUUGCUUCACGCUUUUCUCUUCUCACGCUGUGGAGUUUUUCCGACAUGGAAUCCCUAUCCUGGACCGGGAUAAUGUGGGACUGAUUGUGGUGCUGAAGCCCGUAGGGGCGUCAGGGUCUGACCGCAACAUCUGCGUGGUCACCACUCACCUGCUGUACAACCCGCGGCGUGGCGACAUCAAGCUGGCACAGCUGGCACUGCUGCUGGCCGAGAUUGGUCACGUAGCGCGGCAGGACGACGGCACGACCUGCCCUAUACUGCUGUGUGGUGACUUUAACUCGGUGCCUGCGAGUCCGCUGUACACCUUCAUCACAGACAGGAAGCUGGAGUAUGCAGGAAUGCCCAUCGGGAAGGUAUCAGGACAGGAAGAAAGCCCUCGAGGACAGCGAAUCCUUACGUCACCACUGUGGCCCGCCAGCCUCGGGAUCUCCCAGAUGUGCCAGUAUGAAGGCCAAACUCAUGAUCCUGAUGUAAAGAAAUCAAACAAAACCCUGAACAGCUCUAGCAUUGAGCAUGCUUUUAAGCUGACCUCGGUCUACUGUCACUACCUGAAAGAGAGUGGACAUCGAGAAAUCACCACCUGCCACUCGCGCACGGCCAUUACUGUUGAUUACAUCUUCUACUCACCAGCACAGUGGGACGAGUCUGACCGGACAGAAUGCAGUUCUGCACCACAGCGAGGCCUGCAGCUGUUGUCCAGGCUGGCCCUGGUCAGCGAGGCCGAGCUGAAGGAAGUGAACGGUCUGCCCAAUCAGCACCACUCGUCUGACCACCUCCCUCUCAUCGCCCGCUUCCGUCUGCACUCCUGAGGGUCACAUGUUCACGAUCACAUCACAAACGUGCAUCAGCUGCAGAUGGGAGACAAACUACAUGAGCAGGUUCUACACCAGCACACCUCCAUCCACUCCUCAUUCAUCAAUCAUGAUGGGUUCUUUUUUACUCUCCAGAUGGAUUUGUGUCUCCACUUUUGAGUUUUAUCACUGACACGUGAAGCUGAUGUGAUGAUCUGGAAACACCACUGUGGAUUUGUUAUUAUUGGGAUUUUUUAAAGAAAGAUCUGAUUUUAUUAAAGUUUACUGUUAAUUUAUUGAACAUGAAGUAUAAGGUUUCUUUUGUACACUGCAGCUAACAGUCCUGCUGCUGAAAACUGUCCUGGAUGUUCAGGUACUCUACAAGGGUGACGUCAUGUCCAGGUAUUUUAAUCGUUUAAUUAAUGAAUCUCAGCUGGACGGUAUGAUCGGGACCUCACAGCAGGUCAUCAGCAUAUGAUGAAACUCUGAGUCUCACUUUCUUUGAAGAUUAAUUUCUCCCAGUUUCAUGCCUCAGAACCUCAAAUGAUGCCAAUUAAAGUUUUAAUGAUUAAAUUUCUAAAAACAGGCUUUCCACAAGGUUUAGGAGUGUGUUUAGGGGAUUUUUUGACCAUUCCUCUAGAUGCGCAUUUGUGAGGUCAGGCACUGAUGCUGGACGAGAAGGCCUGGCUCACAGUCUCCACUCUAAUUCAUCCCAAAGGUGUUCUAUUGGUGUUCUAUCAUCUCGCCACCAUCACCUCUGCAGCGCUCACUAAGGAUGAAUUCAAAAUGUAUAGUCAGAAUUUCCAUAAAGCUGCUUUGUGACAGGGUCUGUUGGUAAAAAUGCUAUAUAAAUAAAAUUGAACUGAAAAGUC